AUGCAUGCUGGCUUAGAAACAGAAUAUCUUUUUGAUCAGAAUAUUAAAAAUCCAAAUAUGAUUACUGCAUUGGUACCAUUCGAGGACUCUCAUAAAAGAUCUACCAGUAUCAAAAAGUUGAACAGUGAAUACCAUUCAUUCAUUAAUUAUUAUAGAAAAGCUCCAGUCCACUUAUUGCUUUUGACGUCCCUUGAUUCGCACUACUCCCAUGUCUCGCAUCACUCCCUUGCUUGCCAGUCUGAUUACACAACCUAAGGCUUGUGCUGCUCACUCCGGAAGGGUUUGCACUUGCUCCCCAGAGAUAAAGACGCUGGGCACGCUGAUGAGGUUGCCUUUUCCGAAAAUUAAAAAAUGAAUUUUCUGGUUAGGGUGUUGGCCCCGAUGAAACUUGCAGCCCAGGGCGCAACUCCUGUAUCACGCUGGAAAAUGCCCGCUUGGCCAACGAAUGCCCUCUGAUCUUGUUCCACUUCCAGGUUCUGCCCUCCUAGCGGUAAAAUCUUGCCCUGGAUGUAAGCCUGCAGUUGGUCAGCCGACAUUGUGCUCCACCAGACCACGUAAAACUCGACCUGAUACACUUACCGAACGCUGCUAUCCCUUUCACAAGGUCCCCAGAAUCCCGUCUGGCACAGGUUUUAAGAGAAGCAGGUUGGCUCGCCACGCCAUAUUUAUGUAUAUGAACAGUGAAUACAACACAAAUAAAGCCACUGGAAAAGCCGAUUUUGGACCAAUAAUGUCCGAAUCGCCGAACUUGAAUAAAAAAUCUGAACGAAAUUCCCCAAAUGAAAUUAUCGUGAUUUCUGGCAAAGGUGUUAUGCUUCAGCCCAAAAUUCUUACAACAGAGAGUAUUGGCAGUAGCAUUCAGAAUCCUACCAAAACCGUGUCUCAAGAGCCAGAUUUUGACUUGGAGAUCCAGCCAGUAAUUUCACAAUCCGAGGCUAAAAUAGAUAUUGAUAAAAUCUUACCUUCCAAAUUGGCACCAUUUUAUUUAUGUGACUCUGAAUGAGAAAAUUUUAAUAAUACGCAUGAAUAUAACGAAAUAGAAAACAUCGAUGGAAACAUCAGCUCUAAAAAUAUCCCCAUACCUGAAAAAAUUGAAAAUUCUUACAGAAAUCUAAAUGAAAGCAACUUGGAUAAAAGUGUGAAAUUUUUAGGAGAUCUGAGGAGAGAAAGAGCAAAUAGUAUGGAAAUUUCUGAAUUUUGCAGUCCGAAUCAUGCACCUUUAUUGUCAAGAAGAAGAUCUUCAAGGUCUUUUUAUCGCCCUGCUUCACAUCAGCUGUUAAUUCCUCCUCUUCCUCCAUGAAAGCCUAAAAGAAAUUUUCCUCAAAAUUAUGAAGUAAUAUAUCUAAAAAUAAAUAAUUGGCACUUUAUUCCUAAUAGCCACUACUGAUUUUUAUAAAAAAUAUUAUAUCAAGAUCUCAUUGUUAAUUUAUUAAAUCCUUAAAAUAGCUAUAUCAAAAGAAAGUAUCGAAGAAAGCAUCAUAGAAAAAUCGCCUGAUUUUUUGAUGAAUCCAUCACUUACUAUUAGUCUAGAAUCCUCCAGAGAUAUUAUAGGGUUUUCCCAUAUAUAGCCCUGCAAGAGCUGUGGAUCCUGUCCGGAAUCCUUUAGUUGGUGGAACCAACAAGUGAGUUUGUCCGACCAAUGUACUGAGUUGGUUCCGCCAACCAAAGGAUUACGGUCAGAAUCCACAGCCCUUACAGGCUAUAUAGGGGAAAAACCCUAUAUUUCAGAAAAAGAUUCAUUUGAUACUCUUAGACUAAAGCUUCCAAGAAAAAAAACUGAAAUCUAUAAAAUUAAUAAAAGUGAAGAAUCAUCAAGAAUUAUUGAUGAAGAUGAAGAAAAUAAAUCGUCAUAUGAUGAAAUUAUGGAGAACCAAGCUUUAAUUAAAGAUGAAAGUCCUAAAGAAGAAGUAGAAAGCUCUAAGGAGCUACUUGAUGCAGUAGAAAAAAUUAUGUGCAGCGAAAAGGUCACUGGAGCACUAAGAGAUCCAAGCUCCAAAAAGACACUUCCGCCUCUGCAUUUGAAAAAGAGCUCUUACGGCAGAAAAAAUAAGCUGAACUCAAGCUACGAGCUGGACAAAAAAUCUAUAAUUAUUGAAAAUAAUGAAUCUCCAAAAUCAGCCCACUCAGCAUCAUCACUUGAUACUGAAGAGGUAAAUAUUUGCAUAACUCAACGAACUGACUUAAACCGCUCUAGUGAUGAAAUAUUGCAAAAAACAAAGAGAAAAAAUGAUGAUAAUUUAAAAGAGAAAAAUAAAGCAGUGAUAAAGCCAGAAAAAGAAAGGGAACAAUCAACACUUAAUUGGAGUAAAAAAGUGCCGAAUAUUAAACCAAAAUUUGAAAAGCCAGAAUCAUUGACUGUAGAAGUUGUGGUUGAAAAGAAAAACAACAUUUUUGAAAGAAAAAUUGAGUUUGAAGAUGAAAUUAUGCCUGAAAUCAUAAAAUCACCAAAAAAUCCAGAAGAAACUGUAAAAAUGGAGAAAAAUGUUGAAGAAUCAAAAGAAAAAACCAUCUCUGCUACCCAGAAAAUCAAUAUGAGUCAAAUUUAUACCAAAAUCUUAUCAAAAGAGCUAGAAGAUGACAUAGAAAUUCAUUUUUCAAGCAAUUCUUCUUCUCAACAAAUUGAAACGCAUCAAAAUUUUGAGCCUAAAUUACUAACAGAUAUCAGCCAAGGAAAUAAAAUAGUCCCGAUUUCAUUUGAAGAGGCCCUCAAAGUCUUUCAAAGCCUAGACCUAAAGCCUCAAUUUUCAUCUAAAAAUAUGUGGACAAGUCAAUACACAAUAAGAAAUAUUUUUACAUGCUGUUUUAGAGGCUCAGAAGAAUUAUAAAAAAAUAUAAUAAAUUGGGAUUAAUUUGAUAAUUAAAUUUUUUAGUGAAAAUUUAUAAGAAAACAGAAUAAAUGAUGAAGAAAAAGAGCUUUGUGAAAAAACCAUUGCCUUUUCUGAGGUAAAAUUCAACUCUAAUAACUCUUACCAUUUAAAUCUUCUCCAUAGCUAUUAUUCAAAAGUCACAGGAAAUAAUGAUUGACCAGAAAAUCCUGAAAACUGGGGCGAAGUUGGCCUUGGUCCUCAGUUUUUUAACACAAAUUUUAAUUAUGAUGCAUCUGGGCUUUGUAUAUUUCACUUGUAUUUUUUCGCGACGUUUUUUAAUAUAAGCUUAAAAGAAAUGCUAAAUUAUAGUCAGCAGCCUCCUCACCAAUUUCCGCUUGCUAACUCAUUCCCAUUACAAAAAUCCAAUUUUUUCGUAUAAUUUCUAUUGAAUUUUUUAAUAAAAAUGGAUUUAUUACAAAUCAAAAUUGAUUUGGGAUAAAAAAAAAUAUAAUAAGAGGAUUAAGUACUCAUUUGAAGUUACAAACUUGGUGGUCUUAGCUGUAAAACAACGAAAAUUAAACAAACUUAUAAAAGCAAACAAGAAAACAAUUGAAACAAUAUUUUAUUUUUACGCUGGCGCAUUUUUAUAUUGGUUUGAAGACUAUCGGAUCAAAGGCAUUUACUCGUGUGAGGAUACAAACUUAGUGAUGAAAUCAACGAAAAAAAUGAUAAGAAACAGCCCGAAUGAAGUUCUGAUGAUCGCGAAAAAUGCCUUUUAUAAAAGCUAA